CUCUAGACACAACUGAUUUGAAUGUUCAUCCAAACCACAAUGGAGACCACCAGUGGCACCACAAAAAUCCUGGAGAAGGGUCCCGAAUACCUCCGAAAACAAAUGGAACUGGAGAGUGAGACAAAGGGACGCAUGAGUGCUGUGGAGAGGCUGGCUGCGAGCAAACUGAAAUAUGUCAAAAGCCAGCAGGUGGUCAACUCAACUCAGGGGCCAGCCGUCAGUCUCGGAUCGGCGUCCGUGAGCAGCACGGGGUCCUCGAACCGCAGCUCGAACCGCGCCGUCGCGGGGAGCAACUCAACAGACAAUACAGGUGGUGCUCAAAUCUGCUCACCGGGGCAGGUACGUCGGUCCAGCUCCAAGAAACGACCGGACUCUCUGCUACUUUACCGGCAGAAAUGUGAGUUACUGAGGGGCGCGGCGAACGACCGCAAACACCACAUAACGCGUAAACUGCUGCUUAACACCGUGAAUAAUAAUGUCCCGUUACUCGAGGCGGCAGAGAAGGAAAGUGAGUCUGAGGGCAACAAGGACAAAUCCCCCGCACCUGGGGGAACAGCGAGGGAGCGUAGCUCACGUGUUGUUACCUCCCAGUCAGGAGGAGGAGGAGGAAUGGCGUCGCAGCACAAGGAGGCACUGAUUCUAGGACAGAGGGGACAGGCUCUCCUGACUGUCCCCGAGUUUGAGAGGAGGGCCGGCAAGGGGGUCGGCCGGUCCCACUCGGACAUCAGCUCCAGGUACUCCAAAAACUUCGCAGACUUCGACGCCUUUUUCAAGUACUGCGGGCUGGACGGCGAGGUCGUCGAGUCCCUGGGGAGGGAGAACUUCUCGGCGCGCUCGGAUGAAAUCGCGAUAAACAUCCGGAGCGUCAGCGUGUCCACAUCGGACGGCGGCUUCUCCAGGAGCAGCGGGGAAAGCGAUGGCCUGCAGGAGGGCGAGCUGCAUAGGAAGAUAGGCCGGGGGACGUCGGUCGUUGAGCGCAAUGCACGUAUUAUCAAAUGGCUGUACAGCUGCAAAAAUGCCACACAGACUGGUAAAAGGUUACGAGACCUUGACUGAGAUGAUGAUUUGUUUUUUUGUGUUUUUUUUUUUUUUUGGGGGGGGGGUGUUCUUCAGAAGCCUAUGCUUACCUGAGGCCGAUGAUGUAUUUGAUCCAUUUAUCACAUUUUAUUGCAGACCAUACAUCAGAACACUGUCUGAGAAAGAGGAAAUGGCCAUGUAUGUAUCUCCUCAGUGACUCACUCAGACAUGGCUCUUUGAAAGCCAACAGCUAAGAUAAAAUGUCUGGCUUCUGGUUGUGGAAAACACUGACUUUUGCCAGUAUUUCUCUACUGUGCUAUAUGUGUUCUCAAUCUGGAGUGCACGUGUGUGUGGGCCACAAGGACUUCUGGGUGCCUAAAUUAUUGUUUUCUUCCGCCUUUGUGCAAACUUACAUGUGUGUGCCAAUUCCAGCUGACACUUCUGGGAGCAAAUGAAGAUUUAGAGUGUCUGCUUCUGCUCAGACUUGCAUAGAGGUACCUGGCUGUGUUCUCCGUCAGGCACAGCGCACAGACACGCCCUCGUGAAAACACUCAGAUACAAAAAUGUUAUUUUCCUCGAAAAUCUUUACCUUUCAAGAUGUUUGUUUACGUGUAGUUUAGUCUGUCAAACCGUGCACUCUACACAGUUUUACAACACAUUUGCAGAGUGCAAAGUGCAGUUCUGCGUUAAACGUCAAAGCUUUGUGUGUGGAUAUGUGCACACUUGAAGACACACACCAUGAUACACAAAUCCAGAAAGGUCCAUAUAUUUCAACUUCAGCAGCAGGGACAUUCAGCAAAAAUUAGCCACUUGCCAAAAAUGCUAAAACACUGAUACCAGUCAGCAACUAAAUAACUAAUUCUAAACCCAGUUCAAUCAACGGCACUUUAAAAUUUUUGAAUUUGAAUACUUAAUAGUUUAGCUUAAAUAAUUCGUUACCACUUUCUAAUAAGAAACCCUUAGUUAAGAGUUUAUAAAUUGCAAUGGCUUUUAUAAUGGUUCAUAAAUCCUUUACUAAUUAUCUAUAGGUCCGCUAUAAGCUGCUAAUAAGAGCAAAUUGUGGGUUGCCAGGUUGGGAAAAAUUCUUCGGCUCGUGUUUAUCCUUUUUAUUUUGGUAAUCAUGCAGUUACAAAUGUUGGUAAUCCUAUUGUUGGUAAUUCAAAUUCCCUGCAAGCUAAGUGCUCAUCAAUCACUCAACGGGAUUUUCCACAAUCUAGCAACCCAGAAACUUUUUUUAUUAAUUGCUUAUACCUGAUCUAUAAAGAAUUACUAAAUUAUUUAUUAUCCAUUAUAAAGCCAUUAGUUGCAACUUAUAAAGCCUUUACAAGGGCUGACGUAUUAGAACGUGGUACCGAUAAUUCUAGAUAAAGGCUUAGAGCUCAAGUUAUGGCACUGAGAUUCUUGCCAGAAACAAUUCUGAGUGUCGAAUAUGGCUGUUCAUCAAUUAUGUUCCUCAGCUGGGCCUAAAAGUGACCUUGAAUCCCAAUGUAUGUAACCUGCCUCUUAAAUUCAUAAUCCAAUGAGUGCACUCCCUACUCCGCUAUGUCACCCUCUCUUCAGGUGACCUUGUACAUUCCAUUACAUUAACACAGAAACACACACACCAGAGUUUCACAUCAAAAAUUGUCAACACGAGAGCUGUGCUCCUUACACAUUAUUGUGAUUGAGUGUUUCUUAUUGGCAGCAAUGAAACUGGUAAAACCAUCAAAUUUCACUGCAGCCAGACUAAACAGCUUGAAGGAUGUGGUUAUUUUCCAGCCUGUGUGAGAGGAAUGUACUUAGUAAUCUGAUGGGCUUAUGUCCAGUGACCCGUUGUAACUGUAUCUCCACUUCCAAGGUAGGAAGGCACUUCUCUGCCUGCUUUGUCUCUUCACCAGCUUCUCUCGCUUUCUUUCUUUCAGCCAACUUUCUUUUGCUGAUCAAAGCGCAGAGGGUGGUAGCACGAGUGGGGGAAAAAAAGGCAAGGGACAGGCUAUUGUUGAUUCAUUGUGUUGACAGAAUUACCACAAACUGGUUUCUCUCUAACACAUGCAGAAAACAAACUAUUUACAUAUAUUUGAGUGGAUACACAACACUCAGCUGCACUCGACUAUUUCACAGCAGGACAAGUUGUUUGUUGCCAGAACUCAAAGUGGCUUCUGAAUAUUCACUUAACAUUUGUAUUGUAAGUGCAGAAUAUGUGAUGUGAUUAGUGACUGAACAUAUACACUGCUUGCAUUGCUGUGGGCUUGUAUCUUCUUUUAUUUUUUAUUUUCUUUAAAGUAAAAAUGUUACUCUGCUGUCAGACAACUUUACCAAAGCCUGAAAUAACAACAAUAACUGCAGUGUCACCCGACUCCUUACCCAAACCAGGGUCAAUCCACCACUUCAGACUGAUUUCGCUGUUGCCUGUGUAACACUGUGUUAUACUGAAG